UGUCUGUACACAAGCAGAGGCUUUUCCCACAAAAGCUUCAUUUCUCGUGCUGGUUGUAUUUCUCUGUGAGUCUUUGAUUCCUUCAUUUCGGAAGAAAAGAUGGUUGUGGUGGAGGCGUUUCUGUCUUCCUUGUUUAAGGUGGUGCUGGACAAGCUGGUGGCUACCCCUUUGUUAGAUUAUGCACGCCGGAUCAAAGUAGACCCAGCAGUGCUCCAGGAGUGGAGGAACACUUUGUUGCAUCUCCAAGCAAUGCUGCAUGAUGCUGAGCAGAGGCAGAUUCGGGAGGAAGCGGUGAAGAGGUGGGUGGACGAUCUCAAAGCUUUAGCUUACGACAUCGAAGAUGUCCUGGACGAGUUUGACAUGGAGGCUAAGCGAUGCAGUUGGGUACAAGGGCCCCAAACCAGCACCAGCAAGGUACGGAAGCUUAUCCCCUCUUUUCAUCCUAGCGGUGUGAUUUUCAAUAAGAAGAUUGGUCAAAUGAUCAAGAUAAUCACCCGGGAAUUAGAUGCGAUUGUAAAAAGAAAGUCUGAUCUCCAUCUGACAGAGAGUGUUGGAGGGGAAUCAUCAGUGACUGAACAAAGGUUGACUACUUCUUUGAUAGAUAAGGCUGAGUUUUAUGGCAGGGAUGGUGAUAAGGAGAAGAUCAUGGAAUUGUUGCUAUCUGAUGAAAUAGCUACUGCUGAUAAGGUUCAGGUGAUUCCGAUUGUUGGUAUGGGUGGGGUUGGAAAAACAACCAUCGCUCAAAUGAUCUAUAACGACGAGAGGGUUGGGGACAAUUUCGAUAUCAGAGUUUGGGUGUGUGUAUCUGAUCAGUUUGAUUUGGUAGGAAUAACGAAAGCAAUUUUGGAGUCGGUCUCUGGGCAUUCAUCUUAUAUUUCUAAUACCCUGCAAUCACUACAAGAUAGUUUGCAGGAAAAGUUGAAUGGAAAAAGGUUUUUCCUUGUUUUGGAUGAUAUAUGGAAUGAGGACCCCAAUAGCUGGAGUACCUUACAAGCUCCUUUUAGAAAUGGAGCACAAGGCAGUGUGGUAAUGGUAACAACUCGUCUUGAAGAUGUUGCAUCUAUCAUGCGCACCACCUCUUCCCAUCAUCUUAGUAAACUCUCUGAUGAAGAUUGUUGGUCACUAUUUGCACGCAUUGCCUUCGAAAACAUAACUCCAGAUGCCCGCCAAAACUUGGAACCUAUUGGUAGGAAAAUAAUAAAGAAAUGUGACGGUUUGCCUUUGGCUGCAAAUACAUUGGCAGGUCUGUUGCGCUGUAAACAAGAUGAGAAGACUUGGAAGGAUAUGCUGAACAGCGAAAUAUGGGAUUUACGAACAGAACAAAGUAGAAUUCUUCCGGCUCUACACUUGAGUUACCAUUACCUCCCUACAAAAGUGAAGCAGUGCUUUGCAUAUUGUUCCAUCUUUCCAAAGGAUUAUGAAUUUCAAAAGGAGGAGUUAAUUUUGUUGUGGGUGGCGCAAGGUUUAGUGGGUAGCUUGAAAGGAGGGGAGAUGAUGGAAGAUGUUGGUGAAAUAUGUUUUCAGAACCUAUUAUCAAGGUCAUUCUUUCAACAAUCCGGUCAUAAUAAGUCGAUGUUUGUGAUGCAUGAUUUGAUUCACGAUUUGGCUCAAUUUGUAUCUGGAGAAUUUUGUUUCAGAUUGGAAAUGGGACAGCAAAAAAAUGUUUCAAAGAAUGCUCAACAUUUGUCAUACGAUCGUGAAAAAUUUGAAAUCUCCAAGAAAUUUGAUCCCCUUCAUGACAUUGAUAAAUUACGGACCUUCCUACCAUUAAGUAAGCCUGGUUAUGAAUUACAUUGCUACUUAAGUGAUAAAGUCCUACACGAUGUAUUGCCGAAAUUCAGAUGUAUGCGGGUUUUAUCCUUAGCUUGCUAUAAGGUCACUUAUUUGCCCGAUUCAUUUGGAAAUUUGAAACAUUUGCGGUAUUUGAACCUUUCCAACACUGAAAUUCGGAAGUUACCUAAAUCAAUAGGUAUGCUUUUGAAUUUGCAAUCAUUGAUUUUGUCAAAAUGUCAUUGGCUUACCGAGUUACCGGCCGAGAUUGGAAAGCUCAUCAACUUGCGUCAUUUGGAUAUUUCUAAAACAAAAAUAGAAGGGAUGCCAAUGGGAAUCAAUGGAUUAAAAGAUCUUCGAAUGUUGACUACUUUUGUUGUUGGCAAGCAUGGUGGUGCAAGACUCGGGGAGUUACGAGAUCUUGCACACCUGCAAGGAGCACUCUCCAUUUUAAACUUGCAGAAUGUGGAGAAUGCUACAGAAGUUAAUUUGAUGAAAAAGGAAGACCUUGAUGACUUAGUGUUUGCAUGGGAUCCAAAUGCGAUUGUUGGUGACUUGGAGAUUCAAACCAAAGUUCUCGAAAAGCUUCAGCCUCAUAACAAGGUGAAAAGGCUCAGCAUUGAAUGCUUCUAUGGCAUAAAAUUUCCAAAAUGGUUAGAAGAUCCUUCGUUCAUGAAUUUAGUUUUCUUACAACUUAGAGAUUGUAAAAAUUGCUUGUCUUUGCCGCCACUUGGGCAGUUACAGUCUCUCAAGGAUCUCUGUAUUGUGAAGAUGGCUGAUGUGCGAAAGGUAGGUGUAGAGUUGUAUGGGAAUAGCUAUUGUAGUUCAACUUCAAUUAAGCCAUUUGGAUCCCUAGAGAUUCUGAGGUUUGAAGAGAUGUUAGAGUGGGAGGAAUGGGUUUGUCGUGAAAUUGAAUUCCCUUGUUUGAAGGAGCUUUAUAUCAAGAAAUGUCCAAAGCUGAAAAAGGAUUUACCCAAACACCUUCCUAAAUUAACAAAACUUGAGAUUAGUGAAUGCGAGCAGCUGGUGUGUUGUCUUCCAAUGGCUCCCUCCAUUCGUGAAUUGAUGUUGGUGGAAUGUGAUGAUGUGAUGGUUAGGAGUGCGGGCAGUCUCACCUCAUUGGCUUCCUUGUAUAUAAGCAAUGUCUGUAAAAUACAUGAAUUAGGACAACUGAAUUCUCUUGUAAAGUUGUUUGUGUGUCGUUGUCCCAAGCUAAAGGAAAUUCCACCCAUUCUUCACAGCCUUACCUCUCUUAAAAACUUGAACAUCCAGCAAUGUGAGAGUCUUGCAUCUUUUCCGGAGAUGGCGCUGCCACCCAUGCUUGAAUGGCUUCGAAUUGAUUCCUGUCCCAUUCUGGAGUCCCUACCAGAGGGAAUUGAUUCAUUGAAGACACUUUUAAUCUACAAGUGUAAGAAAUUGGAGUUAGCACUCCAGGAGGAUAUGCCGCACAACCACUACGCUUCCCUUACCAACUUAACUAUAUGGAGUACUGGUGAUUCUUUCACGUCCUUUCCAUUAGCCUCCUUCACAAAGCUUGAGUAUCUUCGUAUCAUGAAUUGUGGAAAUCUGGAGUCCCUUUACAUUCCAGAUGGACUUCACCACGUGGAUCUCACAUCUCUCCAGAAAUUAAGCAUCAAUAAUUGCCCUAAUCUGGUAUCUUUUCCACGAGGAGGAUUGCCCACUCCCAAUUUAAGAAUGCUUCGGAUACGUGACUGCGAGAAGCUCAAGUCACUGCCCCAAGGGAUGCACACCCUCCUUACAUCCCUUCAAUAUUUGUGGAUAGAUGAUUGUCCAGAAAUUGAUUCAUUUCCAGAAGGGGGUUUGCCCACUAAUUUAUCUUUCCUUGACAUCGAGAAUUGCAACAAACUCUUGGCUUGUCGGAUGGAGUGGGGCUUGCAAACGCUUCCCUUUCUUAGAACGUUGGGGAUUCAAGGAUAUGAGAAAGAAAGAUUUCCCGAGGAGCGAUUUUUGCCCUCCACUCUCACCGCCCUUCUAAUUAGGGGUUUUCCAAAUCUGAAAUCCCUGGACAAUAAGGGGCUUCAGCACCUCACCUCUCUUGAAACUCUGCUGAUUCGGAAAUGCGGAAACCUCAAGUCCUUCCCAAAACAAGGGCUGCCCUCCUCCCUUUCAGGUCUUUAUAUUAAAGAGUGUCCUCUGCUGAAGAAACGGUGCCAAAGGAAUAAAGGGAAAGAAUGGCCCAACAUUUCUCACAUCCCCUGCAUAGUGUUCGAUAGACAGACGACAAAUGAGGAGGUGAUCUUAUCAUGAGGCCCUUCCAUCGAAGCUCUUGCUCUCCUCUGCAUUUAUUGGCCCAGGAAUGGCAACAAACUCGUGGCCAAUCGGAUGGAGUGGGGCUUGCAAACGCUUCCCUUUCUUAGAACGUUGGGGAUUGAGGGAUGUGAGAAAGAAAGAUUUCCCGAGGAGCGAUUUCUGCCCUCCACUCUCACCUCCCUUCAAAUUAGGGGUUUUCCAAAUCUGAAAUUCCUGGACAAUAAGGGGCUUCAGCACCUCACCUCUCUUGAAACUCUGGAGAUUUGGAAAUGUGGAAACCUCAAGUCCUUCCCCAAACAGGGGCUGCCCCCCUCCCUUUCUCAUCUUGAUAUUGAUGAAUGUCCUCUGCUGAGGAAACGAUGCCAAAGGGAUAAAGGGAAAGAAUGGCUCAAGAUUUCUCACAUCCCCUGCAUAACAUACGAUUAGGAAGAUGAGGUGAUUUUAUCACGAAGGCCUUCGAUCCAAGCUCUUGCUCUUCUCUGCGUUUAUUAGCCCAGGAACUAUCAUCUUAUUGAUGGAGGAAGGUUGUCCACCAGAAUUGUCAGUUUACUUGAUUCACUACUUGGUUUUUGCAAGCACAUCAAAAUGUAGGGAACAAAUGGAAAAAUCUACGUGGUAAAGCCCAUGCAGACAAAUCAUUUCUUCCCAGACAUUACAAUUUAGAUUCUUCAGAUAUGUCAAAGGAUUCAACAAAUGUAUUCAUAUAUUCUAAUUAGCUAUGCGUCUAAAGCAUCCGACUAAUAUCAUUUGUAGAGAAAGAUUGUGCACUUUUUGAUAUCUGCAUGUAUGAUGCCACAAAGGGAGCAAAAUUUUCCUACUCGAUGAAGGACAUGUGGGCAUAUCAUCCAUAAGAGAAUGUUUUGAAAAAGUUCAGAUAGAAUGGAGUGUUUUGGAAAAUGUAUUAGCAGCUGCAAGGUACCUUGCCCUCAAUUAGAGAUAACUAAUGUUUUUACUAGGAAUGAUGACCACACCUGAAUGUGGAUUCAAAUUCUCUGAAUCUCAUAAUGUGAGGACAACAUCUAGUUUGUUGUUGUUCUUGUCAAGAGAUUGUUUUUCACUGCUCAAGAUUUCAAUCUUAGGCAUUUCUGAUCACUGCUACCAGUCUAGAAUCCUGAAGGCAAUGUCAUUGCAUUGAUUCCAUGAUCUUGCUCCAAACAAAAGUUUAGUACUCUGCUUAAGGAUUGCCAUUGCGGCUGCUCCAUUCCUUGAAAGGUGUUAGCUGUUUAAACAUGUCUCCUACUUCAUGUUAUUCUGCUUCUACGUUGGGCAUCAUUGAAGCAUUUUAAAAAGGGUACUGUACUUGUACCUGCAUAACUGCCAUAAGAGGGAUAUUUGAAGGAGACACCAUUGGAGCAUGUCAAGGUGCAUUCUACUGAUGUCAACCAUAAAUGACAGGUCCUAAACAUUGGGAAUUUCAAUGCAAUAAAAAGGAUGGAGAUUCUGAUCAAGAUUUUCUGGUUAGACUAUAAUGUGGAAUCAUGAGGACAUGGAAUUAAAUAGAGACAAUAAGCAAUUAAUCCACUUUCCCAUUCUUCUCUCUUCAAUAGGUCUUGGACAUGCCAUUCUGUAUAGGAAGAGCUUAAUCAGCAUUUGAAAAAGGUACUUGAACCAAAGUAGCAGCCAUUGCAAAGACAUUUGAUGGAGGCUUCAUUGGAGCAUGUCAGGAUGGUUAAUGAGCCUUUCUCAAGUCAACAUUAAUUGGUAGGUUCUAAACUUUGGAAUUUCAACACAAUAAAAAGGUACGCAAAUUAGAUAGUUUUGUGCCUACAGCAGAUGCACUUUCACACUAGCACCUUAGUUUUAGAGUUUUUGUCAAAUUUGUGGAUGUAUUUACAAUUGCUUGCUCCUAGGAUGUUGACCAACAAGAUUGCUUGUGGGAAGAUGACGUGGAAUCACAAAUAAGUGAAAUGAUAUGGAAGGGAUAUGCAAUUGAUACCCGUCCCUAUUCUGCUCACUUGAAUGUGACUCAAGUACAUCAUUAUGCAUGUCUUCGGCUAACAGUAUUCAGACAGAUUUUUGCCACCUUCAACUACGGUCUUCUGUCACCAUAUAACCAUGUGUUGAUGUUCAUCCUAAUAACUUAAUUCUCAUGCCCUAACUUGAAGAAAUGAUGGACAACCAAGUAUGAGAAAUGAGGUAAUAGUAAAUGGAAGAUAAAAAUUAAAAGAAAAGCUAUUAAAUUUGGAAAAGCAGAGUAUUGCUGUUUGAAGUAGACUGAAAUGUGCAAGGAUUUGUCAUUGAUGUAGGUAAGCUAUUGAACAUGUUAUCACAAAAGCAAUUUGUUGGAAAUUCACUUCAAGGAUUGUUCUUUUUAUUUAAAACGGUAUCAAGUUUUUAUUCAUGGACAGUGCAUUGCAAUUCGUCACUUGCAUGCUUCUACUGUAACCACUAUAGUUUUCCAUGUUAAUGGAGUUUCAUGCUGGCUCCUUGCUACAAUGGAACUACAAUGUCCUCCAUGCACCUUUCAUCAGCUCUUAAGGUUGUAAAUAUGGCUCCGUAUACGGAUGCUUGUGCAUAUGAUGUAUGGAUCACGCAGUGAGUGGAGAAUUGGUUCUCAUAGUUGCUGCAAAUUUGGUGCAGAAUCACAAGCACUCAGACUAACUGGAUGACUAGGCAUCAGAACAAGCUAUUAAGUAUUUUUUUUUCUCCAUUGAAUAGUUGGAAUUAAAACAUGAACAAUUGUGGAAAGAAAGGAACCGUCUUCUUCAUUAUUGAUUCAUAUAUCAACGAAAAUGGCAACAUUUGCAGCUGUUGGAAACCUACAUGUCAACAGUUCUUAGGUCUUUUAAUUUUGAAUACAUGAAACAUUUUUCCCAAUAUAUAUUGUUCCUUCUAUUGCUCCCUAGGAGUGUUUUAUGAUGAGAUAUUAUGAAGUACUAUUUCUAUAGUUCAGCAUGAUAGGGGGCUAUUCAGUAUCUUCUAGUCAUUCAGCUUUACUGAUAUGAUUCCAAAUCUUAAGAAUUAUUGCAUUCUGAAUAGUAAUGAUCUUCUUUUAAC